AAAACGUCCUUGUGGAAAAGCUUUGAAAAAUUUCAUUUAAAAAUUUUUUUUUUAAUCUUAAUAAUAUGGAAUUCGCUGUAAAAUUGUGUUUCGGAAUUGUAUUAGUUUUAUUCAAUUCUAAUAGAUUAGCAAUAAAUCUUUUCGAAAUACCAGAUGAGGCAUUGGAUUGUCCUUGUCAACAACUUCCGGUAAAAUGUGCGACACCUCCACCUACUAAUUGCAAGGCAGAGGUCGUCAAAGAUGCUUGUGAUUGCUGCCACGUUUGCGCUAAAGUUGUAGGGGAAGUGUGUGGGGCACCGUAUUUCGAAAAGGGUAAAUGUGCGAAUGGUUUGAUAUGCCUUAUCGAUUUAAAGUCUAGUGAAUCGGAUGGAACAUGUGUGCUCGAAUUUCCCAGAAACUUACAAGAACCUUGCGGAGAUGCCUUACAGCAAGGAUACUGUAAACCAGGUUUAAUCUGUUCACAACUCUUCUCAGGAACCAUGAAUAUGUGCGUUAUUCCCCCGAUAAAAUUACCGAUACAACAAACGCGCCAAUUUGUCGCGGAUGGUUUUGAUUCCUAUUGUCCUUGUAGGAAUUUAACGCGUAAAUGCAUAUGGACUCCGCCCACGGAUUGCAAAGGCGACCUAGCUUUGGACCAAUGUGGGUGCUGCUAUGUUUGCGCCAAAGUGAAAGGCGAAUUGUGUUUGGGGCCGUAUCUACCGUUGAGCCAAUGUUCUAGCGGAUUACUCUGUAUACUAAAUAACACAGAGGACCCUCUCCAAUCAAAAGGGAUAUGCAUGACGGAAUACCCAAGGGAGGAAGGAGAACCGUGCAGUGAGGAACAUAUGCAAGGCAAUUGCAAAAAGGGAUUGAAGUGCCAUCGCAGGCAUCCGUCCUUGAUGGGAAAAUGCGUCAAAGAUUCCUAAAGAUUUAUUUUUUUUUAUCACAAAGAGAAGAAAUACUUGAUUUAUACCAAAAUUCUUUUUUUAAAAAAAAUAAUCUUUAAAUUUUAGUGCCUUAAUAUUCAAUUUAUUCAAUAAAACUAUUCCUAUAUUCCUAA